AUGAGUCUCUGUAAAGAGCUGGUGUCUGUGUCGUUGUGCAUCUCCCGUAGCAACACAGACCUGAGCACAACACCAGCUCCAGAGCAACAAGAAACCAGAGCAACAAGGACUGGACCCUCAGACUGGACCCUCAGACCGGACCGACAGACCGGACCGUCAGACCGGACCGUCAGACCGGACCGUCAGACCGGACCGUCAGACCGGACCGUCAGACCGGACCGUCAGACCGGACCGUCAGACCGGACCGUCAGACCGGACCGUCAGACCGGACCGUCAGACCGGACCGUCAGGAUGCAACACAGACCUGAGCACAACACCAGCUCCAGAGCAACAAGAAACCAGAGCAACAAGGACUGGACCCUCAGACUGGACCCUCAGACCGGACCGACAGACCGGACCGUCAGACCGGACCGUCAGACCGGACCGUCAGACCGGACCGUCAGACCGGACCGUCAGACCGGACCGUCAGACCGGACCGUCAGACCGGACCGUCAGACCGGACCGUCAGACCGGACCGUCAGACCGGACCGUCAGACCGGACCGUCAGGAUGGUCAGAGACCAUUCCAUCCAUCCAUCCAUUUUCUUCCCCUUAA